UGUGCAAUGUGGCGGCAUAGGAGCUUACCGUCCAGUCAGCCAAUGAGGAUGAGUGAGACAGUGAUCCACUCCACCUGACAGGUUAACAGGUUAACCCUGAAACACACUUCUUACAGUCAGAGCAGUCUGAGCAGUGAAGAGACGCACACGCUGGUUUUCUACUGUCAGAGGACACAUCAUCAGCUGAUUCGCCACUCAACAGGUGAGUCUGAUUUUCUCUAAUAAUAAUUUUAUUCACAACAAAUCUAGUAUGGCUUUGACUUUAAAUCAAACUGUGCACCCUCAAUCCAUACAAUCCAGGAUUCAAGUGUAGUAUCCUCACAUUAGAUAAGGCAGAUCCCAGGAUUCACUGAGUGGGUCAGACUUACAGGAAAAAUAGAGUUACACUCAUUUGAUACAUGACCUUAUUUCCUAGGCUACAGCACGAUCAUAAUAUAGUAUUUAUUAUUGGUUUGUACAAUUGCUUGUCCAGUUCCUAAUGUACAUUUUUGUUGUGAAUCCCUUUGUAAUUGUUAUUUCUUAACAAAAGCAGAAAUAUGAUUAAGCUCUGAUGAUAUAGACCAAAAAUUACAUAUGACUAAUCUGGUCAAAUUAUGACAUACUGUGAUUUUAAACCUCAUUUCCCAAUGAAAUUCAGCAAGUAUGAAUAUCCUCACUAUUUUUUUUUCUGCUAUUGUUUGUUUGUUUGUUUUUUGUGAAUGGAUGUCUGCUGUAGAUUUUAUAUUAUCAAAAUGUUCUUCAAGCAGUAAAAGCACAGUUGAUAAUACUACUACUACUAAUACUCCCAAAGUACUAAACAUAAAUAUGAAGUCUUUUGAUCUUGUUAGUAAAUUUGGAGCUGUAAUCUGAGAGUGACUGGAUUAUUCCCAGUGACCCAGUGUAAUUAUAGCAGAACUGACCCGUUAGGAGGACACAGAUUAGACUGACGUGUUUGUUGAUGGUCACAAAAAUGAUGUCAUACUGGAGCGGAUUUCACUGGUGGGAAUUAUUCAGUCUGUUAACUCUGAAGACAUCAGUCUCUAAAAACUUUACAGGAAACUGAAGAAUAUAUUUAAAACACCUACCCAUCGGUCUUUCUCUCCAUAGAUUAGACAAAAUUUGAUGUUAAUAUAAAAUGAUGAUUUUUGUGUUUCAGUGGUUUAGUAUCUGCUUGAUCAAGAUCAGUUCUUUAUUGAUGAGUCAAAAAUGAAGUCUUAUGAAUUCAAACAAAGAUAUUAAAAACAUAUUUUGCUCGUGAGAUGUCACAGAACAGAAGUAUAAAACAGCAGCAAUAAAAAACAAACAAGUAAAGAACAUUAACCUCAGCAGUCUAUUUACAAUGUUCAUCUUAAUAGUUGUUAAAUUGUUUAUUAUUGGUAUUUUGUAUAGACUGUUAUUAUCAUUAUUUAGAUGGGUUACUGGUAUUUAUAUAGAUUCUACAUCUUGACUUUACCUCUUGUUAUUAUUAUUACUAAAAGUAUUCUUGUUCACUUAUACUACUAUAAUAACAGGCAUUUCAAUAUGAAAUAUAAAACAACAAAGAUAUGUUGAGUAUGAUAAAUAUAACAACAGCAUUAUCACUUUUCUGCUGGAUUUGUUGCAAGGUUAUACAUACAAUUAAAGGAAUUACAUAUAAUUACACCAGAGUCCCAUAUUGUUGUUGCCAUUGUAAUUAAUGCAGCAGAUCUUCUUCACAGAUCUGGCUGAUUUAACAGAUGGAAGGGCAUUAGAGACCGUUAGAACUAUCUGAUCCCAGGUCAGGUUCUUGAGUAUCUAGUGAUGGUGGUUGUGUAAAAUGUGUUUCUCAAAGCCGGAUUAAGGCCUGUGAUCCGUACAGCUCUGAACUCAUCAGCCACGUAAAAAUAACAUGCUGCGGCACUAAGCUGCAUUGAGAACAUCUCAUGGGUCUGUCAGGACGCGACAGCCAUGUUUAUUUACUGUGUCUCUGAAUGAAGUACUCAUUGAGUUACUAGUUAUCAGGGUAUUUCUGUUUCACACUAUGUUUGUCAAAUGUUUCACCUUCUAGUGACAUCAAAAGAUUUGAACUAUAACAUUAUGGCACUAUUUUUUUAAUUCAAUAUAAAUCUAAUGCAUGAUAAUACAAUGAUAUGAUCAAUAAUGAUGAUAUUUACAUCUUUGUUACCCCUCCAGCCUGUUUUUAUCUGAAUAGUAUUAUCUGAACAGUAUUGAUAACAUCAUAUUGUGUCUGCUUUUGAUUUAGUAAAUGGUCUAAAUUUAAUUAUUUUUAUCAAAACUAACAGCCAGUAAAGAAGUUGACAGUUUGUUUUGCUGUUUUUUCUUCUGUUUUGAUACUCCUCCUCACAUUUCUAAUGUCUUCUUCUCCACAGAAUAAAAAGACAAUGUCUGACCUGAAGAAGCUCCCCCUCACAGUCGCCCUCUGCCUGCUGCUCCUUGCCACUUUGGUACCCACCUCUGAGGCCCGGCGUGGUCGAGGAGGAGGAGGCUUUGGUCGGGGUGGAGGAGGUGGCUACAGCCGGGGCUGGGGUGGAGGUGGAGGUCAGGCUUACAGACCUGCCCAGAGCAGCGGAUCCAGUGCAGGAAAAGUAGCUGGAGCAGCUGCAGCUGGAGCAAUAGGAGGAGCCGUGCUGGGGUCUGCCCUGAGCCGGCCUGGUUAUGGGUAUGGUGGUGGGUAUGGAGGGUAUGGAGGGUAUGGAGGAGGAUACGGUGGAGGUUAUGGAUAUGGAGGGUACCCAAGAUAUGGAGGUGGCUAUGGACCCAGACCUGGAUAUGAGCAGGAGGGCUCUGGAGAUAUGGAGUACUACGCCUAUGGAGCAUCCAGUGGUCCCAUCUACAACAGCAUCAUCGUUGUAAUUGGCUCCCUCAUGUCUCUGCUGAUGGGACACUGGGUGGCGCUCAUGUAG